GAGGACUUUCCUUAUUUCUCGUCCAGAGCUAUCUAUGCUCAGUUAACUGGUUUUGGGAUAAUUCAUUUGCAGUUUUAAUGUCCCAAAUAUAUGGCAAAAAUGGACCCCCCUCUUCAUCCAUACUAUCCCCUCAAUGCACAGAUCGACGGAUAUUCACCCAAUGAAGCCUCUCUUCUCCGUUUAAUAUCUACAGCUGGUGUGGGCGUCACGGUAUUACUAGGAGCUACUUAUGCUCUCUCUGUAUGGAUGCGACCGAGUCUUAGCAAAACCGAUCAAAUCGCAAUCCUAUGGUUUGUUCUCUCGGGAACUAUCCAUUGCUUCUUUGAAGGAUAUUUCAUUGUCAAUCAUGAGUGGAUGGCAGAAGCUGAAGACUUUUUCGGCCAACUAUGGAAAGAAUAUGCGCUUUCUGAUUCGCGCUAUAUGACCUCGGACACUCUUGUUCUCUGCAUGGAAACAAUGACUGUUCUAUUCUGGGGCCCGUUAUGCUUCAUAGUUGCGUACUCGAUCCUCACUAACCACUCUCUACGACACCCGCUGCAGGUCAUCAUCUGUAUGAGCCAUCUUUACGGUGAUAGCUUGUACUACGCAACAAGCCUAUUCGACCACUAUGUCCAUGAACGGUCGUAUUGCCGUCCUGAGCCUUUUUACUUCUGGAUCUAUUAUUUCCUGAUGAACUUUAUCUGGAUGCAAAAGCCUCUCGACAUCGGACAGCCUCUGGGCAUCUAUGAUACCAACUCGGUAAGAGCAAAGGUCCGCAAGUGGCAGCAACACGGUGGUGGGGUUAUCACCGCCGACGAGGUAAUUUACUAUGAGGAUGAGGAGGAGAACAACUCCACGGCUGAGUCCAAAUCCAAGCCAGCAAAUGAUAAGAAAAGUUCCAAUACCAUUUCUGCCGCUACGACUAGAAAUCGGAGCAAGAGUACCCCGCGAAAACGAGUUAUUAGUGAUGAGCAUUGGAAGUUGAAUCGAACGCCCACUCAAGCGCCCACGGCCAAAUUGCCCGCACCUAGACGGAUCGCAGAGUAUACCACGAACGAUUCCGUACAAUCCCCUCGAUCGUCGAAGAGCGAGAUCUCAAAAGAGACUAAUAUACCGUCUCUAUCGUCUCCCCACGGUCGAGAAGGAGAUAAGGUGCACGCAACAACAACAACAACAACAACACCUCUCGCACUCAGGGAGCGGAGGAAAUCACGGCCUUCGCACGAUAUCGACUCGAUUAUAGAAAAGAUUGAAAAAGAGCAUGCUUCUUAUAGUAAAUCCUCAAAGCCUUCAUCCCGCCCGACAACCGCAGAAAAGAACCGAUCUAGCGUGCUAUCAGAACCAUCGGAGAGUCCUCAAAAGAAAGACUCGGUGCUAGAUGACGAUUCCGAGUGGGCGACGAGCGAAGCUGACUUUUCUGAACUAUCGAGACGGCGGGCACGAGGCACAAAUCAUGGAUCGAAGGCUCGCACUCCCUUGAAGCCUCCUAAAGGUGGAAUAUUUGGACAAAUGCUCGAUGAGUCUAGAAAGAUGUUUUCCAAGCCGGAGCCUCCCAAGCAGCCAGCGCAGAGCCGGGGUUCGAAAAUUGAGACAUGGCUAUCUAACACCCACGAUCCGUUUCUGGACGAUAAGGAACCUGAUGUGGAGAUUCCUGCGCCCUUGAAGACUCGGGGAAAUAGAAACAAACAGACCCCAAGCAAGACAGAAGGAAAGGAUGCAAAAGGCAAUCAUCCAUCUAGCCCCGAGCAUUCCGUAGGCAGCGACACUUCUCGCAAGCCCUCCAAAAGAAAAGUGAGGAGUAGGGAAGGCACCCCCGGGAGCGACCGUCCAAGGUCAAGGAACGACAAGCCAAAUGUCACGACAUCGUCAAGAGAUGCAUCCCCGUCUCCGCAGAGAAGAAAAUCUAGCGAGCAUAAGCAAAGCAACGCUUCUUCUAUCACGAAGGAAGAUCCGACCUGCAAGGCUGUUGAUGGGAAAGAAGGUGUCCCUGACACUGAGACAUAUUCUUUCUCGGGGGAAUCUGAAGUGUCGGGUAACAAUCCCCCUGUGCCACUUGUUCGGAAACGACCUUUCCCUAGCACGGGCGUUCGUCGCCUCUCGACAAUUGCCUCUGUUGAAUCAAUGAGUACGCAUGAUGACGAACCGUCUCAAAUAACCAGUUCAAAUGUCGCGGUAGAAAAACCAGGAUCUCCUCCAGAGGGCAGAGCUGAGGCGGAAGAAAGGGAUCAGUUUGAUCCCAACUCGCUUUCCUUGGUUUCGGCGCAGGUGAUGAAGCGACUUACCACCCAUGACGACUUGAUAUCGGUUCUCUCUUCUGCAACCACAAGGAGCAGGAGCAUCCGAUCCGCCCGAAGCCUUCGAGGCAGCAGGAAUCGCAACGCGACAGUCACAGACAUCCUCAGGGAGCUAGCUUUGGAUGAGGAAAAGUAUAUGCGUGAACUCAAAACCCUAGUGGGUGGUGUGAUUCCAGUGCUACUAACAUGCGUGCUCUCGCGCUCAGACUCGGCUGUCGCCGCUGGUCUUUUCCACCCAUCAGCAGACCCUAAAGAUGAGCUGAACUUCACUAAGCCUAUUGUGAACAUGGGUGUCGCCAUUGAGCGCCUGAAGCUACUCCAUAAGAGGAUUCCUCAUGACAACACAUAUUCUCUAUUACAGUGGGCACAUGGAGCGGAGAAGGUGUACCAUGAAUACUUGAAGGCAUGGAGGCUAGGAUUCAAAGAUGUGGUUGUUAAUCUAGCUCCUCUCGAAGAGGGUGAAGAGUCAAAGAACGCCGACUCAAGGAGUCUGGACGAGGGUAUGUCAAGAGAUGAGCAGGGAGACGUGGUGGACAGUAGCGGACAGAAAGUCGAUGUUGCAUACCUAUUGAAACGUCCGUUGGUGCGCCUCAAAUACCUGGCAAAGUCAUUCAAAGGAAUCAGCAUGCUCCAGCCGUCACCCAAGGCAGAAGAAGUCGCCAUGAACUAUCAGAACCUUGUUGCAGAGGCUCGCCGCCGUGCGCGAGAUGAACGUGCGAGACUUGAGGACGAAUCCGCUAGCGUCAUCGAUUCAACUCGCGCAAGGGAUCCUGAAAGCCUAGGGACUCUCACGGGUGUAACUAUUGAUAAAGCUCGAAGAGUGCGGGCUCGUGAUUUCUUCAACCUGUCAAUUUACCAUUCCACUGGCCAGGUUAUCGACUGCCGUGCGGAACUUCUACUCAGAGAUAAUAUCCCCGAAAAUGGACCUGGCGGUGACUUGCUUAUCUGUGAAAUUGAUCAUUCGGAUCGCUGGUUGCUGUUCCCUCCUAUGGACCUUGGGUGUAUCUCCGCCCGAAAGGGUGAUAAAAAGGGAGAGAUUGUAGUCAUGUUGCGGAGCGCCCCGGGACGGAAGCAUUUCCAAGAACUCCUAUUAUUACGCAUCGACGAGGAGGAAGUCGGAUUUGAAUGGAUCCAACUCUUAGGCUUGAACCCCGUACCACCGGCCAUCUAUCGGUCCCAGAGCUUUAUUGAGCGGGCGAAGCAGCGACAACGUGCGCAAACUGUUUCCUCGCCGAAUGAAGUUUCCACGGCUCACCAAGCUCCUCCCAGCCCUAGUAAUAUCGCUAUCCCCAUCGGGGAGAAGCCAACAACCAAGGCCUCGCGACGAUCCUGGAACCCCCAGGAGCAAUGGUCUGAUCCAGGCACCGCCGAGUCGUCUACAGCUACCGAAUCACAGCUGUCAUUAAAUACCGCUAUCACGCGCGACUCAGAUUAUGCCUCUCCAGAACCAGAGGCACCUUCCAAGUGUUCGCCACAACCUCCAUCUACUAUCCUCCACUCGAGGGAUCCUCGCAAGAUUAACGCUGGCGAUGACAAAUCCUCUCAUGGUCUCAAACGAUCAAAGGCAAAGAGGAUUUCGAGAUAUGGAGAAAGCAGCCCCCAAAGCCCCCUUCUCCCACCGGACGCUAUCUCGGAUAAUGCAGUCUCCUCAGCUUCCCCUCGCGAUAGUGAUAGCAUGAAUCGUUUGGAACAGGCUGAAGCAUCAGCCCACAGAGAGCACAAGACACCAAAUGAACAACAGCCAAAGACUCCAAUCAGGGCUGAAGUAGAGCAGAGCUCCCCACGGGUUUCCUCUGUUCCUUCAAUGGAUCUUCCUUCCAUCCCGAAACUUAGACAAGGUAGCAGCCACACAUAUAUCCCGGACCUUGAACCAGAUGAAGAAUGCGAUGCCUUUGAUUAUGCUGAACUUCCUGAAACACCUACGAAGACAAUGGCUCGCUCUGGAUCUGGCUCCGAUUCUGGUGUAGCAAGUGACAACGAUCCCCCUCAACCACCACCCCAUUCCCGUUCACCAAGUUCAACUAGUGGGUCGAGCCUCACAAAUACACCAAUUCUAAGUCCAACGGCUGCCCGCAUCAAGCGCCGAGGCUCUUCGCCCUUGAAACAUGAGUACGAACCGUCUACUGCAUCUGAUUCGUAUUCUGAUUCCGAUACCUCAACUGUGCGACAUUACGACAUGUACUCGGACUCAGAUACCGCAACGGAUAGCUCAGACGAAGAUUCUGGAGAUGACCUGCCACUAAAACCCAGAGCCGACCAUCCUCAGGUAGAGGGCCAGAAAUCUGACCAUUCACAAGCCAGCAGUACUUUGUCAUUGUCCAACUCCACACGCCAGGCUGGAUACCGAUCGGUACCUUCUCAACCAAGCAAGUCGUCCACCGCGAUGGCAACGGUAUUUGUCUGGUCCGAUAAAGGUUCUUGGGAGAGUGUCCUCCCAGAUGAAUGCAAGAUCAUCAUAAGUCCGGGUCUCGUUGAGGCGUAUGAAAUGAAAGAUGAUCCCCUCGGAACCAACGACGAUGACACCCGAUCGCAGACCGCUCGUCCGCUGGUCGCACUUGAAUUAACACCACUUGUACCUAUACGCCGAGGCACAGCCAUCGAUAUCAGCAUCCGCUCCCCGCCGACCGCACGGUCAAAAGUCACCUGGAGCAACAACAUUAUGCUCCGCUCCCGGAGUGCAGACGAAUGCGAGAUUCUAUACGGCCUGAUAAACCACUCCCGCAUCAAUAACCCAACCUAUAUCGCUCUACAAAAUGCCCGCGGCCCCCUAGCCGACCUUCCCGCACCUCUUGAGCCUGGAGUUAAAAACGCCAGCGGCUUCUUCGGCUGGCCUCGGCGCAGAAAGAGCUAUCGGGCAUCGAGCUCUCCCCGCUCCGUAGCGGACAACUCAGAAAGCAGCGUGGGCACAAUGAGUAGUGCUUUCUCCGCACUAAAGCGCUUUGGCGCCGGAAGCAAAAUGUUCAGCAUCUCCCGAUCAUCCGUUACAUCUCGCGGCGGCGCCCAAAAGGAAGAUAGCCUCUACUCGAGCUCUGCCGCCUCAGGCUCAAGGGAUGCUUCCAGCGGUGGCAUCGGCCGCAUGGCAGGCGCCAUCAAUGGCGUAGAUGGAAUUGGCCUGUCCAACGCAAAGAUUCGUCUCUACAUCCGAGAAACCCAAUCAAAGUGGCGCGAUAUGGGAGCUGCUAGGCUAACAAUCAUGCCUGCAUCUCCGUCUCCAGAACCACGUCGUCCAGACACAGCAGGAAGCAGACGGAGCGACGCCAGCGGCACAGCCACAGAAGCCACCGAAACCAUCGGCCUAGGUACGGAUGGAAACAGUCCUCCGGCCUCCGGCGCCGCAUCCCCACGCCGAGGAAUCGAACAACGAAAACGCAUCCUCAUUCGCGGCAAAACGCGCAGUGAGGUCCUCCUCGACGUCUGUCUCGAUGAAAGCUGUUUCGAACGUGUAGCGAGAACGGGUAUCGCUGUCUCCGUGCGAGAGGAAAAUGAGAACGGUGCGAUGCCACAAAAGGGCGGCGUCACAGGCGGAUGCUCGACUGUCUAUAUGAUCCAGAUGAAGGGGGAAGCGGAAGCGGCUUAUACCUUUGGGCUUGUUGGGAAGGUCAAGUACUAAAUUGGAUAGAAAGCCUAAUAGGGAUGUUUAUGAGUGAUUUCUUUUAUAUGAGUUGAUGUGAUAUGAUGUGAUGUAUUUGACUUGCAUAUAUACCGGAUCAUCCUUAUUGUUAGAGUAUAUAGCUAAUUAUU